GCGGCGUUCGGCGCCGGUGCGGGUGGAGGUGUCUCCCCCCCCUCUGGAGCGGCCUGGCUGUGUGAGGCGGGGAGGACCACUGAUGAACUAUUAACUGAAUAUUAUGCAAAGUCCCAUAAAAUGUAAAACAAGAUAGCAGCUACAGAGAGAACAUUUUGAGCAAAGAUUCUAAAAAUGGAAUGGGGAGGAGAGUAUUCUCUUGAUUCGUCCAAUUUAGACUGUUUGUUAAAUGUCCUUCCUGGAGAACUGGAGUUUCAACAAAUCCUUAGUGAUCUAGAUGAAAAAAUUAAGAAGAACUCUUCUAGCAUAGAACAGUGUCUAAAAGACCUGCAAUCAGAAGUGAAUGAAAUAUGUACUGAUGAAAUACUACACAGCACGACUGACUGCCUCCAGUGGCUAAACAACUGCAAUUUUAGUUCUCUCAGACCUUCAUCUACAAACCAUGGAGAGCUGAUGGAGUUCCUUAGGACCCUGCAAAGCUUGCUGAAGAAUGAGCAGAAUCAAGAGGAAAUGAUACUUCACUUCCUUCUGGAUCUUUCUAGUCAGUGUGGUGUCUCAUUUCCCUGUACUCCCAGUGGGAUGUCCUUUGAGCUAGCAUCUUCCCUUCAUGCCGUUGAGGAUGAUUCCACUAUGGAUGUGAAAUCUCUCUGGGAUGAUGUGAGACUGCACCUUCGACGAUUUUUAGUAAAUAGACUGCAAAGCCAAGAAGAUACGAACACUAAUGCUUUGCUACAAAAAAUGGAGUUUAAAACCCAGUGCAUACAGCAACUUUUAUUUCUUUAUCCUGAGUCAGAAGUCUUAACAAAGUAUCAAAAUAUGCAGAAUAAAUUUGUCAGCGAACUUCUACAGAACUGUAUUUUGUCUAGUUGUGGUGAAACGAAUUUUGAUAAGGUGGUUCACGGUUACCAGAGUUCCGUACCCAGACUGUGCGCAAUGAUAAAAGAGGAUCUGUGUAUACUAAGUGGAACUAUUGAUCCUUCUUCGUCACUGAAGUUUAUUAAUGAAACUUACCUGGACACCAUCACUGAGGAAAUGACAGUUCUUCUUGAAAGACUUUGUGAGCUGCAGUUCAAAGAAAAUGCUUUACAUGUCGUUAAGGCAAACAAGAUUUCGAAGAAGCAUAGAGGAGCAGUUCAUGCCAUGGCCUCCCAGGAAUACCACAAAAAAGGAAGGAACUUCUGCUUAACAUUGUAUCAACUCAAAUGUCUUUCUCAACUUAUCAAACUCUUUUUACUAAUGGAAGAAAAAAUUGAGGAGCUCUCUGCAGAAAUUCUGUUGGUGCCUUCAUUUACAGAGAAGAAUAAGAAUGUUCAAGGAGUUCUGAAGAAAGCUGGUGGGGAGCUUUUAAUAGGAGAAACUAGAGCAAAUGAGACCAGUGUGCUUCCUGAACAGUUACUUCAGGUAGAAGAGCCUGUUUUCCUGAAUUUUGGCUGGAGAAAUGCGUUUAAAGACCUGUCUUCUUCUGUGGCUCACUGCAUAACAAUAGCAAUCGAGGACUUUUCAACUAAAAUUCUUCAACAUGAGCAGAAAGAAGAGUUUUCAGCUGCAGGCUGUGCAGUGAGUCUUGUAAACAACCAGCAAAUGAGGGAGUCCUGCGGAGCAGUCCAACAGGAGGAGCAACCAAAACGAAUUUUUAAGUUUUGUUCUGACAUCAUGGAAGAACUUGACACAUUGCUUCCAUUGGCUCUGGCAUGCAGAGAUGAUUCUCUUCAGGAAAUUAGAGCAAACUUUGUAGAGGCCUGCAGCAAAGUGGCAACAGCUGUCCUGGCAAGGCUAGAGGAGAAAAGCAAAGAGGUUCCCUCCAAGGCUCCUCUGCAAGACUUGUAUGCUACCCUCUCCACGGCCAUACAUGUCUCUCAGCAUUUUACAAUGUAUAGCAAUUUAAUGAGAGAAACCAGCAAAAAACCCCUGUUCCUAGUGCCUGUCCAGCAGUACCAGGAGUUCAUCAACGUUCUCCAGUUUCAAGUUACGAACUACUGCGUCAGAGUUUGUGCCACAAGCAUUUUACAGGAUGCUGAGAGCCACCACUGGGAUGACUACAAAGCUUUUUAUGAGGGGGAAAGAUGCUCCUUCUCUGUCCAGAUGUGGCAUUACUUCUGCUGUGCUCUUCAUCAUGAUUUAUGGACUAUUCUACCUCCCAAGACAGCCCAGGAGAUUCUUACAGAUGUACUGGAACAAUCUUUGGAUAUGCUGUCCUCCAGAUAUUGUCAGGCCUGCCCCACUUACAAGAGAACACCACAGAUCAGAAUUGAUAUUGCAGCAAUUUUGAUGUGUGCUGAAGAAAUGAUCUGGUCAGUUUGCAGCUCUGCACAGGAGUUCCUGAACCCACAUGAAGAUCUUAAGAUCUAUAAAAUACAUAGCCACUGCAAUAGUCUGCUGUCUGUGUUGGCUAUUUUAACUUCACCACUGAAGAACUUGUACCAGACAUUUCUGAACAGUUCUGGUGAAAGUCUUCCUCAAGAUUUUUCAAAUGUAAUUUAUCAUCCCUUACACUGGUUAUUUUGCAUCCCAUCGUCCUGUUCAUCCUUCCUGAAGACUCCAUCAGCCAGAGAAAUGACAACCCAGGGUCAGCUCAGACUGCUCUUAUCCCAGCCAUGCUGUAAUUUGAACUUGCUUUUGGAAACGUUGCUACAUCAUGAUUGUCUCUUAGUGAAAAUUUUACUGAGAGGUUCAAGAAAUGAAGUAUUUAAUCGUGAUGAACAAAGUUCUCUCUCAGAAGACAUAAAUAGCAAAGAGCCAACUCUGACUGAAACAAUCUUCACAGUAUUAUCUUAUUGCACUUUAUCACCCAAAUCUCUUGGCAUUGCUUUUGAGACCUACAUGGAAAAAGAGCAGCUGUGGAAUUUCUUAUACACUAUGACAGUUUCCAGCUGUGGUGAGUCGGAUCCAGAGGUUAUCAGAUGCUUGAAGUUGACUUUGAUUAAUUCAGUCAAGGGUAUAGUGAAGCAGAUAAUUUCUUUGAUGCAUUCAUGGGAGGCAACAGAAAACUAUGGAACGUACCAGCACAAGCAAAUAGUUCCUGAAAGUUUACUGAAAACAGUUCCAAAGGAAUGGAACUACACUCCUCGGGAAAUGAAGAGAAAAGAAUCCGGGAAAUGCUUCACAAGGCUUGCAGCUCAGGCAGUAUCUAUUGUAAUCAGCAAGUUACCUACAGUGAUUGCAUGUUUGCCUCCCCCAAUUAAGUACUUCUUUUUUCUGGCUGAGAGAAAAAUGUCAAGAAACUUUGCUGAAUUGAAGAAAGCUGGUCUGCUUGUCUGGAACUUGAUUGUAAUUAUAUGUCGGAUAUUUGAGGAUGGAAAUACUGCAGAACUUUUAACAGGUGCAACACUUGACAGAUGGAGCAAAGAAAAACUGAGUUUAGUUCGUGUGUGCUUAGAAAGUCUUAUGGGAAAACAGAAAAGUGGUCCUAAGCAAGUGACCCAGAAGGUUAUACAAAGCCUUGAACAGCAAAGACCAAACUGGAUUGAAAGCCAGUUGCUGAAGGCAAGAAAAUUGAGCAUAAGCUGUGGCUCAGCCACAGUAGAAAGUGCAACGUUACAGGAAGGAGGCAUUGCACUUGGAUUCACUGAGCAGAAAAUAAACAUGAUGGUCCUGGAUAUCUGCCACAAACCAGGUGGCAGCGAGUACCUGAGGCAAAUUUAUCACAUCAUCCGGCUCAAUGAGGAGUAUCUGAAGGAGCAGCUGUCCUGUGAGAGCUCUGCUGAAGAUGGUGCUACCUCGAGUCAAAGCCUGUCUCUGACACUGAAGGGCAGAGAAGAGCAGCCUGUCUUCAACCCUUUCCAGGUGUACAGACAAUCCUGGGACAAAGUGUUCAGUCAGUCAACCAUUGCUGAGUGGAACUGGGAUUGGUCAAACUUGCUGCCAAGUUAUUUGGGACAGAAUCAGAUGACCUUCAGGGUGCUGCUGGCACACAGGUGGGAGAUGAAAGAAGGAGCGGAUCUUGAAGAUGAAGAGAAAGUUAUGGUGGAACACUUAAAAAAUGUUUAUUUGCCACAGAGCACUCCUACCUCAGAGGAUAAAGAAGGAUAAUUACAUUGACAGGUUUCAGGUAGCACCUUUUUCUGAAUUCAACAUGAUUAACUUAAUGGCUUAGUUAUAACUGACAGGACUAGAAAGCUCAGGAAUGUGUAUCUUGAGUAGGAGUUUCAAACUAAAGAAUGUGCCUCUGUUAUUGUCUAGUCACCCCAUGCAGGCACUGAUUUUUCACACAUGUUAAGGCGAGAAACAAUAUCUGAAAAUGACAAUGUCACAAAACCAGGAGAGUGUAUCUUGAUACUGUGGAGGCAUAAACAUGAAUGACAAUCCAAGAACUGUUUUAAAGGUAUAAAACUCACCCUGAAAAUAAUGUGACUUUGGACAUGUGCUAAGCAAACACCUGUGCUAUGAUUCCACUGACCAUUUUGGAGUCAGACUCAGCCUGUCACUGCUUAGUGGGGCUCAAGGACCUUUUAUUCUCCUUGGUGCCUGUAUUCUGGUUAGUCCUGCCAUUGAAUCAUCAAAAAUUGUAAGAAAAAGGACAGGAAUAGACUACAGGUCUGCAGUCCUCCAAAACAAAACUGCACCAGCUUUAUUGCCCUUGCAAAUCCUAACUUAAAAUCCAGAGUAUGUUGUGGCUUAAAAGACACAUUACAGAGAAACUUGUUAGCAGCACUUAACAUUUUGAGAUGUAUAUAUUUACUCAACACAAUUAUUCAAAGGCAGUGCUCAAAGGACUAUCCUGGCAGUGAACUGAGAAGAAAAAUUUAUAAAGAAUGCAAUAAUUAUUUAUAGUAGUAUACUAUUAUAUAGUAGAAUUUCACUUUCAAACUAAGCCCUGUCUGAUAUUCAGAUUUCUCAAAUAGUAAAUGUUUUUCUUUUCAGUAAAAGUUCCUCCUCAAAGGCUGAAAACAGCUCAGGUAGACAGGUGACUAUUGUGACAAUAUUUUUUUAUACAGAAGGUGUGGUUAAUAUUUCCUUGUUGCUUAGAAAUCCAGAGGAACUAUUUCCUCUCCCUGAUGAAGGACCCUGGCUUGCCAAGGCUGCGAUGUGAGCUGCAGCUCUUCCUGUUCCCACCAUAUCUUCUCCCAGAUGCUAUUAUGGACAUAACUCAGACCACUUAAGUAGGAGGAAGGCUUUUUUUUUUUUCCUAAAGACUUCAGUAGCAUCAUGGGUAGCCAUAACACUAAUGCUGCCACAAGGUCUAAUCUGAAAUGCAGCUUUUCCUCCUCCUAAUUGCUCCUUUUUUUUUUUUUAAUCAUAAAUAUAAUAUAUCAGACCAUUUAAAAUGAAAAUGUUCUUAAAAAGAACACUGCAUGUUAAAAAUCUCCAAAGAUGUUGUUACAACUCUGUGUCAACAAAAAGGGCUGUGAGGCACGGGUGCUUCAAAAAUGCUAAAAUUAUUACUUAAAGAAUAAAACAAGACUUUUUACUCUGCUGCUGGUAUAGCGAUUUCAGAUCACGAAGAAUGAGGCAGUAUAAAAACAAUUUUUCUUUGCUCUGUAUUUCACCUUUGAAGAUUAGUUGUGGUCUGAAGGCUUAAAACAUGGCUACAGGGAUUGCCUGUGGUGGCAGGUCCAGUAUCUGCCAAACGAGGCACACGUGCUCCAAGCCACACUAAUAAUGUGCUGGUGCACGUGGAAGCUGGAGGUUAGAAUAUUCCUGUUUCAACAAAAGCUCUUGCACACAAUUAACUUUCUGUAUGGUCAUUACAAAGUGAAUUUCUGCCUGUGUAGUGAAACUGACUGAAAUGCUCUUUGUGAAGAAGCUCCCCCUCUGGGAAACACUUAACUCUGAAUAGGAUAAACUUUGCAAGUGACAUAAGCUAACCCAGAAAAAAACCCAAAACCUCACUUACUCUGAAAUGGGAAUGUCUGUAUGGGGAGUUACUCCAGACUGGUUCUUACCCUUUAUAUUCACAACACACUUGGUUCUGUAACAACCUGUAAACAGUCAUGUUAAAAAAACCCGAACCAAACAAAACAACAAAAAAGCAAACAAACAAAAAAAAUCUGUAUGCCCCUUCCUCCUUUCUCUCCCUGCCAAAUUAAUUCAGCAGUAACCCACUGGGCAGCACUAGGAUUUUUUUGUCUUUCUUUGCAAGCAUAUAUUUAUAUUCUUUACCAAUGUGGAAAAGACAGAAUAACUAGCCUGAAUAAAAGCUGAAUGUU